CCCAAUAUCUAGAAAUGGACACGUAUAAUCCAUCCUCAUGGGGCGAACGGCCUUUCGACUUGUUCAUACUGGAUGAGUUCGAUUGGAGCUUGCCCAGCGAUCAGGACCAUCUCCAGUGGAACAAGCUGUGCCAGAAAUUCUUGAGCUUGGGUGCAAAAGGCCGUGAACCUUACUACGAGGGAGAAUUUGACAGAGAAUGGCCUCGCCCAACAGAGGAGCAAAUCAGACGUAUCAGGCCCUUACAGACCACCCAGGAACGCAGUGUCUACGGCGAAGCAAUCUGGCUCCGUACUUGUUACCUCCAGGGCUCCGAUCGCAGGCACGAGGCCAUGUUGAGAAAAGUAGCAGAGACGGCGCCCCCGGAAGACGGUCCCUGUUCCCGCAUCGAGAAGAAACACUGCGUCUUCGACGACAGUGACCGGUAUGAUUUUGGCGAUGACUGGGCCCGCAUCUUCACCCACAUCCCCGAGCUAGUCUACCCAACGUUCGGCCCGGGAACGCUCGACCCGGAGAACUUGUCGGCGUUCUUUACUGGUGCCUUUGACGAAUUGGCAGGGAAGAUCGUUAACCACAUAUACCUCGUCGACGAGGAGGCUCUGCGCACUGGCCUGCUCAAAAUCAUCUGGUUUGACGCCUUUGGGAAAAUGGCUUGGAGCAACUUUUUACCGCCCCAGUAUCUGAACGACUUUUCGAGCUGGAGGGAUGCCCUCGGUUUUUCGAACCUUGUGGAGACGACUAUUGCCCAUGAUGACCCGAAAUGCUGCCGAGGGACUCUAUUCUCCAAUGAAAGAGAUUUGGAGCGUAUGGUCUCGUGGAAGCCUGACAAUUAAGUAAUGCUAAUGGUUCGAUUUAUGUCUGUUUGCGCGAUGUACACUAAAACUGCCUAUUUGUAUAUGC